AGAUUCUUUUUAGUGACAUUUGCAGCCAAUCAGACUGGCAAGUUGAAAAACAACAAAAACUAUAACAACGCCCACCAUUAUUAUUAUUUUGAAAAAAAAACUACCACCAACAAACAAUUUUACAAACGCCAUACUAGUUGAAAUCUAAAAAAAAAACAACGACAACAAUAACAAAAGUGCUAAAAAGGCGUUUAAAUCAAGCAUUUGAAAUAACACGUCACACUGUCAGCAACUCUCUUCAUAACGGUUGUUAUCACCCAGAACCACAAACAAUUCAACACUAACAUUUCAAACAUCAAACCGUGUACAACGCGCAACAACGAGCCAAUCAGAAUAAAAAAAUUACGAAAAUAAAAACAACAAAUAAGUAAAAAAACAUACCGACGCCAUAAAAAAAACCCCCAAGAUUAAUCAUUCUUAUCAGUUUGAUUAAAAAAGCAACAAGAAAUUCUAAUAACAAAAUAAAUAAAGAACAAUUAAAACACACAGUGUUAGUGGAUAUAAAAGAAAGAGUGUAUUAAAAGUAACAACAACAAUAAAAACAAACAAUUACACUAAUACCAUUAUAAUAAUCAACUACUUUAGAGAGUAAUACACAACGUAAUCAUAUACGCAAGUACUCUAGAAAUAGAAUAGAAAAAAAUAGAGUAGAGUAAAUUUAUAACGGUUUAACUGUGUGAUUUACACACGACAAUUGUGAGUGAGCUUGAUUUAACUGUUUGUUUGUUUGUUUGCUUUGUUUAUUUCAUUUGUGUGUCCUCGUUGUCUAUCUUUUUUUUUGUAUUUUAACAUCUGUUGUUUGUGUGUGUAUUAGUGUGAAAAAGUAGAAAAAAAAACAACAACAACAGCAGAAGAAGAAAAAAAAGCACUACUAAGCACCAUGUUCGCUGUAAUGAGAAUCGACAAUGAUGACUGCCGGUCGGACUUUCGUCGCAAGAUGCGUCCGAAGUGUGAGUUCAUUUGCAAGUAUUGCCAGCGGCGUUUUACCAAACCGUACAAUUUAAUGAUACACGAACGUACCCACAAAUCACCAGAAAUCACAUAUUCCUGUGAGGUCUGCGGCAAAUAUUUCAAACAACGUGAUAAUCUCAGACAACACAGAUGUAGUCAGUGUGUCUGGCGAUAAAUUACUCUACUAUUCUACUAUAUUUUGUUGUAAAGCACCAUUUUUUUUUAAAUAAAUGUCACCACUUAUUUACCACGCACUUUACAUAUAUGUAUACAUAAAAAACACAGCAACUGCAACAACAACAACAAAAAACAACAAUAAUCAUAAAACACCUUUAAGUAUUUACAAAAAAAAAGAUAAAUUUUGGAUAAAAAUGCAACAUAAAAUAGUGUAGAAAUAAUUAAAAGUUUUAAAAAAGAAACACCAACUCUAAGUAUGGUCAAAGAUAUGCAACUCAACAACAACAACAGCAAUCACUCAUAUGUAAAAAAAUAACCAUUUGAAACACACACACACAUUUUAUUCCUUCUAAAGAUCAUAAAAAAAGAUCAUAUGGUUUCUUAAAAUAACUGCUAUGGUGGCUGGUUUAACUAUUUAUCUAAAGCCCUACUAAAGCUUAAACAUUAUGGAAAUGAUCACAGCAAAAAGAAAAGCUAAUGGUGACACUGAUGAUAAUAACGAUGAUGAUAAUGUCGGUGAUCAUGAUGCUAAAUAAGCUGAGCUUAAGGUGGGUGGUUGUUAUUCUAAACCAUUGGGUGAAAGUGUGUGUGGUGUUUGUUUUUUGGGUUUUUUUUUGGUCGUAACAACUGUCAAAAGGUGAUGGUUUCAUUUGACAACACUUGGCUGAUGACAUAAAGUCAAAAUUACUCUCUCAAGGGAAUAUUGAUGACUUUAAGCGGGCGUUUAUUAUGGAUGUUUUAUGGCUUAGAAAACAUUUGGUUACAACACAACAGCACAACAACCACAACAUUAAACACUAUGUAUAUACUGUCUGCGAAUACUAAAUCAAUAUAUAAGAAGAAGAAGAAAAAAA